AUGCAACUUCGUCUUCGUAUUCUUAAUGAAGACAUUGCAAAACGAUUCGAAAUUUCUCCUACUACUUCUUCUAACAUAUUUUCAACAUGGAUAAAACUUAUAAGCAAUGUGUUAGGUAGUGCUCUUAUCGUAUGGCUUCCACCUGAAAUUAUCAGGGAAAAUUUGCCUAGGGUUUUUAAGAAUGCAGGAUAUUACAAGUGUUGUGUGAUUAUUGAUUGUGCUGAAGUUUUUAUUGAACGACCCAAGUCUCUCUUAGCACAAGCCUCAACUUGGUCUGAUUAUAAACAACACAAUGCGUUUAAGUUUCUUGUAGGAAUUUUGCCUAGUGGUUUUAUCACUUUUUUAUCUGAUUGUUAUGGCGGAAGAUGUUCAGAUAAUUUUAUAACAAAAGACAGUGGUUUUUAUGACUUGUUAGAGCGUGACGAUGAAGUCAUGGCAGAUCGUGGAUUCCAAAUCCAGGAAGAAAUUUUGUUAAGAUUAUGUACUUUAAUAAUUCCUCCAGGUGCUCGUCUUAAAAGUCAAAUGAUUGCAUCUUAA